AUGUCAUCAAAAUCUAAGAAGGAGGACUCGAUAAAGAAGCCAGUCACUAGAGUCGCUAGAGCUUGCGAUAGCUGCAGGAAACAGAAAAUGCGCUGCCAGGGCGCUGAAGCUCCACCUUGUUUGCGUUGUAAAACAGCAAACAUCCCCUGUACCUUUGAAAAGCCGGCGAGGGAGUCGCAGGCUAUCGGAGAAGCUGGACUUGAACGGAUACGCUCUCUGGAAGUACAGGUAUCCUCUAUGAGUGCUAAUUUGUAUGAGUUGGUCAAUCUUUUCCGAACAUCAAACAAGGCACCAACAGUGGUUUCUCCUUCUGCCUACGGGGGACCCGGUAGUCUAUCAAAUACGGCGUGGCCAUCGAAUAGCGACCAAUUCUCACAAAAGCGCCCCAUUCAACCUCUGAGACACCCUCCACAACCAGGUACUCAAGCUGAUCAUCAACAGAUGAACGUCGCAUUACCAUCUUCACAACACCACUUACAGCCACCAUCUACACUCCCUUCUCCUAGGAACUCGAGCAAACGUCAAUACUUUCACUCAACCGUCACCUCAGCUGCGUCAUCUGACGACGAGGAGGAGUUACCUUCUUCAGCUCUCGUAGCACCCAUAGAAGUCCUCCGUGGAUUAGCAGAUGCUGCUGCUGAGCGUGCUGCCACGGAAGCUAAGGAGCAGGCAAAGAAGUCAGAACAUCCAGCUAAACUACAACAAAGUACGACCAAUACAGCCCAGGAUAACCCAGUAGAUGUUUCAAGGAAGAGGGAGAUCGAUUCUAACCACACUGGUCGCUACAAGCGCAGAAAAAAGGCUGAUCCACCACAUGCUUACGCAGAUGUGGUCACAAAAGGUAUCAUUUCUGAGGCGACUGCGAGAGAGCUCUUUAAGACGUAUUUUGAAGAAUGCCACAAAUUUUUGCCACUUUUUGACCCAGCGUAUGACACCUACGAGGAACUUCGCAAAAGAUCCCCAUUCUGUGUUACUGUUAUCUGUAUGGUAGCAGCUAGGGUCUGGGAUGGUGGCAGUCCUCCUAGCAGAACCUACGUCGAUUGCCAAAGAGAAGCGAGAGAUAUCGCCAAGAAUUCGAUGUUCUUGCAGAUGACUCGCAAAGAGGCUGUCCAGGCUCUUCUCCUUUUCUCGGCUUUCCAGGACAAUUCUUGGCUCGUAGGAGGCCAUGCAGUCAGAGUUGCUUACGAAGUUGGUUUAGAUAAAGCCAUUCCAAAGCUUGUUAGACGCCAAAAUAAGGUACCAAAAUCACCACCAGAUGAAGAUGAACGACAGAUCGUAGCUGCUGUUAGGAUCUGGCUUUGUCUUUAUAUUCAUGAGCAACAACUCAGUUUCGGCACUGGUAGAACGGCUUUCUUGAGAGAUGAUAGAGGUACACUCAGUCACUCGCGGAUACUUCUGAACCACCCACUCGCAACACCAACAGAUUUGCGCUUGAUUAGUACAAUGGAACUUUUACAGAUUCGUGAGAAGGUUCACAAUGAGCUUCAGCCAUUUGAUACCAGAGUCGACGGACAUACGUUCGCAACUUUGCGGUUAGCUACUGUCGAAUUUGACUCAUGGUUUAACAAUUGGAAGGAACAUAUUCAAAAUAAAUUCCCAGACAAACAGUUUUUCAUACAAAGUUUAUAUGUGCAACGCCAAUAUGCUGAGUUGUUUCAUCAUGCCGUUGCUUUAAGAGGUAUCAGAGGUCCUUCAGAUAUAGCAAAUAUGCCAAUGGAACAGAGAGCUAUAGCACAGAGAGCGAUGGGUGCAGCACAACAUUGUUUAGAUGCUUGUAUAAAACCUGGAGAAUACGGAAAUAACCUGAAGUUUGCAGUGCACUAUACCCAUGUUUGCGCAGCCUUUGCAGGAUCUUUCUUACUCAGACUAGCGAAACUUUUCCCAGAAGAUCUGCAACUUGAGAGUAUUCUCAAUAGGGUUGAAAUACUAGCUGAUUUGUUAUCCAAAACACCGGCUAGUCGUUAUGGACGUAGCUUGAAGUUGAUGUUAAACAGAAGUAUGCGCCAGGCAACGCCAUCGGAGCUAGGAAAGGCAAGCAAGCUACCACCUGUAAUGCGUGUACCGAUGAGCGCGACGGGCGGCAGUACAACGGGUGAAACAACAAACAACAAUGCGCCUAUAACAACUGGUAUUAUGCAGAAUCCGGCGGAUACCACAAUAUCAGACAACGUGAACUGGGGAAUCCUGGAUGUAAAACAAGAGCAGCCCUGGUCGCCUGCAUUCCUGAAUGGGAUUGGAAUAGACACCUCUACGUCAACGCCAACGUCGCAAUCGACGUUCACCAGUGAUGGUAUAAUGGGACCAGGAUUUAGCUUGCCAAUGAGCAGCUCUGGAGAAUUACCUCUCUGGCUGCAAGAAACUAACCUUGGAGAUUUGGGUGUGACGAACACGGGUACAGAAGCAUUUUUCUUACCAUCAGAGGAUUUCAGCAAUUUCGCAUUAAUUUGAUUGUUUUGUAUAGAAUAUAGAUUUUGUUAGC